AGUCCAUUGAGAAAAGACUAAAAAUGAAUUAUAGAGUAUGUGGUGUCCUGAUUUCAUUCUGGUUGCGAUUACUCUUUUAUUGGACGGGCAGUGCUGCGAAAGAAAGAUCUCUUAUAUCUAACGGAUUCUUGCCUUAUAGAACGGUUCAAACUUAUCAGAAAUAUUGUAUCUGUGAAACAUCUUAUUCUUGUUCCUGUUGUCAAAAUGUUAUUAUUUUGUACACCAAAGUUGAAAAAAAUCUUUGCGUUAAUUUUAUAUAUCAAAGAAAUGGAUUGAAUAUUGAUAUUACGUUGAAUUCCGACAUAUUAAGAGCUAGAACAAUCACAGAUUAUAAAUCAUUAAAGUUUUGCACUAAUAUACCAGGAUGUUACUUCUCAUCUGCAUGCAUAAAUGUAUUGGAACUCAAUAAAUUUCCCAGGUAUGGCAUACUUAAGUGUAAUUCUUUUAUAACCGAGUCAUAUAUUUUUAUUUUUAUUAUAAAUGUUUUUUUAAAUUUGAAUCGAAGAUCGAUCACUGCUUGUCUUCGAAUGGAUAUUUUCUCUAAGAAACGAUUAUGGCAAUUAAAUUAUGACUGCGUCGCCAUAUCAACAGAGUUGCCUACAAUACCAAGUAAUGGAACAAUGUCAACAACGGUUAAAACUGCAGGAAUGUCUACGACGAUGAGCGCUGGAAUGACAUCAGCAAUGACCACUAGUAAAAUAACUACUACGACGAUGAUAACGACGAUAAAAAAUACAGAACGUACUACACCACGAGAUGUAGAGGUGAUAACAGUACCGGGAAAUGAAUCAACAACGGUCGUGGAUAUCGAUAAAUAAUUAUUAUAAUAGAUCAAAUAGUC